AUGGAUGCAACACAAGAUCUAUCUAUGAUGGAUGUUGUUUCUUCAGAGGAAAAAUAUGCAAAUGAAGGCAAGCAAAUAAUUGGUUCUGUCCUAGGAAUUGAAGUUAGAGACAAGUUUUUCUGUAGAGUAGAGCUUAAUAUUGUUGGUCUUCAUCGCCAAAUUGAGGAUGGAAUAGAUUAUGCAAAGCAAAAGGAAAUAAUCAUCAUCAUAACAAUUACAUAUGCUAAUGAUGAUGACAAGAUCAACCAUGCCACGGAGGUACAUUGGAUAGCUUGUGCUUAA